AUGCUGUGUCUCUGCUUCUGUGCACUGGCUCUCAUCCUGCAACCGGUUCACUCUGCCUAUAACUGCUCCUCGGAGUAUAACAAGGUUCCAGACAACAAUGAUCUGGUGGUAGACUGUGGCACCAACAUGAUCACUCUGGAGGUAAACCUGUGCACUGCUGAGUGGGCAGGCUUUGACCCCAACGGCCUGGCCCUGAACGGGGAGCGCAAUAACGCCCAGUGCAAGGGCACCAUUGACACCACUGUCAACCCACCUGUCAUCCGCUACCAUCUGCCAGUCAACCACAGCCAGGAGAACCCAUGUAGACAGUCUCUGCAGAUUGUAGAUGAGGUGCCCAGUUCCUCUGGUCCAUUCAGCAUGUUCUCCAGCAUUCAGUCCGUCAUUAUCACAGGAUACAUUGAUACGCCCAGCUCUUCAGAGGGCGUCAUCAGUUACUCCACAGACCUCUACUAUCACUUCUCUUGCCGUUACCCGCUAGAAUAUCUCAUCAACAACACUCAGAUUGUAGCGUCAUCAGUGUCAGUGGCCACUAGUGACAACAAUGGUACUUUCAUUGACACUCUCAGCAUGGGAGUCUUCAAUAGCACAGAUUUUAAUAGCCAAUUGGUGGUUCCGCUUACUGGAUUAGAACUGCGCACUAAAGUCUAUGUUGAAGUUAAAGCUGCCAAUCUCACUGGAAAUUUUCAUCUCUUGCUGGACCACUGUUUUGCGACCCCAUCACCAUAUAAUCACACCAACUACAAACAGCACAAUUUUUUCACAGGAUGCUUUAUAGAGAACCGGACAACUGUGCUUUAUAAUGGCCGUUCCAAGUUUUCUAGAUUUUCAUUUGAAGCCUUCCGCUUCGUGGAGCACCGUAAUCAAGAAAUGUCUACUAUAUACCUGCACUGCAUACUGCGACUUUGCGAACCAAACAAGUGCCAAGAACUUCUUGAUUCUUGCAACUCUGCCAGAACACAAAGGCGAAGGGCCCUAGAACCUUACGGAUCACAAGCCAAAGAUUCUGCCACAGUGUCUGUGGGUCCUCUGCACACCGCAGCCCUGACAACUGAUUGUUUGUCUUGUGAAUCAGGAGGCAGUGAGCUGUUAAACAGGGACAAUAUGAACGUGGCUGGAGUGGUGGUGGGGGUCAUUUUUUCCACCGGCAGUGCUGUGUUGCUGGUUAUGGCUGGAUGAUUUGUGCUGAAGAAGUUUUGCUGGGCUGGUGCUCUGCCUCGGGCUUUCCACUAAGAGAUCCAUCAACUCGCCAUCUGUUUUGCGUUGAAUGAAGCUUAAUUUGAUAUGCCGAUAAGACGUCUGAUCACAUCACAGCAUCUGCACAA